GGAAGGAAUGCACACUGGCAGAACUGAUGGAAAGUGAGGCUGAGAUGGUCAAACACAUCCGAGCUCUCGACAGCGACAUGCAGACUCUGGUCUACGAAAACUACAAUAAGUUUAUCUCAGCAACAGACACCAUCAGGAAAAUGAAGAAUGACUUCAAGAAGAUGGAGGAUGAGAUGGAUUGCCUGGCGACCAACAUGGCCGCCAUCACGGAAUUCAGCGCCCGCAUCAGUCACACGCUGCAGGACCAGCAUCAGCAGAUCACCAAACUCUCAGGUGUGCACACGUUGCUGAGGAAGCUGCAGUUCCUGUUUGAGCUGCCGGCCCGGCUGAAUAAGUGCAUCGAGCUGGAGGCGUACGGCCAGGCCGUGAGGUAUUACAGCAAGGCCCGCUCGGUGCUGCACCAAUACCAGCACAUGGCGUCAUUCCAUGGCAUCCAGAACGACUGCCAGAAGAUCAUGUCAGACUUGGCACAGAGACUCCGGGAGAAGUUCAGACACACCGGCUCCAGCGCCAAGGAGCUGGCUGAGUGUGUGGAGCUGUUACUGCAGUUGGGUGAGCCGGCGGAGGAGCUGUGCGAUGAGUUCCUCGCCCACGCCCGCUCCCGGCUGGAGGAGGACCUGUUGGCGCUGGAGGCCGAGCUGGGGCAGCCACCGGGCCCCCUCUCCGCGGCCUCGCCUCCCCUCUCCGACAUCCUGGAGUUCACCGACAAGGGCUGCAACGGCUUUGUGGGGGACACCUGCCUUGUCAUCGCCUCCUACCAGGACCUGUUCGUCCAUCGUCCGGCGGCCGGGGGCCUGGUCAGCUCGGAGGUGGCGCGCAUGGCCGGCGCCAAGCUGGUGGAGUUUGUCGACGGGCUGAUGGGCCGUUACUUUGGCCUGGUGGAGCGGCGCAUCCGGGCGGAGAAAGGGGUGGGGGACAGCUCGCUGCUGGUGCGCGGUCUGGACCGCUUCCACCGGCGCCUGCAGGCCGUGGUCAAGCUGCUGCCCGGCUCGAGGACGGUGGCCGCCGAGGGCACGGAGAUCGUGGUGCGUGCCGCCCAGGAGCGGCUCCGCCAGUACCUGCAGGCCCUGCAGAGCUUCUACGCUGACUGCCUGACUGACGUGCGCCAGUCGCUAGCUGCCCCGCGGCUCCUGGGCAAGGACGGCGCCAACUUGGCCGAGCUGCUGGCCUCUGUCUCCGCCUCCAUCCUCAACCAGGUCAAGUCAGUGCUGGCCUAUGUCCACCUGUUCACCGCCAAGGACGUUACCUUCUCCAGCAAGGCCUACUUCAAGGGGGAGUUCUGCAGCCAGGGCGUCCGCGAGGGCCUCAUCGUCAGCUUCAUCAGGUACAUGUGCCACACGGCGCGCCAGUUCUGUGAGACGGUGGGCGAGAAGGGCGCCACGCCCCCGGGCCUGCUCCUGCUGCUGUCCCGCCUCUGCCUGGACUACGAGAUGUCCACCAUCAGCUACAUCCUGACCCUGACCGACGAGCAGUUUCUGGGGCAGGACCAUUCCCCGGUGACCCUGGUGACGGUGCUGUGCGCUGACGCCCGGGAGGCGGCUCAGAAACUGCUGAACCACUACGUGAAGGUGCAGGGCCUGAACGUGUCGCAGAUGCUGCGCAAGAGUGUGGAGACCCGGGACUGGCUCAACACCAUCGAGCCGCGCAACGUGCGGGCCGUGAUGAAGCGGGUGGUGGAGGACAUCACCUCCAUCGACGUGCAGGUCGGCCUGUUGUAUGAGGAGGGAGUGAGGAAGGCACACAGCAGCGACUCGAGUAAGAGAACCUUCUCAGUGUACAGCAGCUCCCGCCAGCAGGCACGCUACGCCCCGAGCUACACACCCAGCGCUCCGAUGGACACCAACCUCCUGAGUAACAUCCAGAAGCUCUUCUCCGAGCGGAUAGACAUCUUCAGCCCCGUCGAGUUCAACAAGGUCUCUGUGCUGACAGGGAUCAUCAAGAUCAGCCUGAAGACCUUCCUGGAGUGCGUGCGGCUGCGCUCGUUCGGCCGCUACGGGCUGCAGCAGAUCCAGGUGGACUGCCAGUACCUGCAGCUGUACCUGUGGCGCUUUGUCUCCGACGAGAACCUGGUGCACUUCCUGCUGGACGAGAUUGUCGCCAGCACCGCCCACCGCUGCCUGGACCCCGUCACCAUGGAGCAGAGCGUCAUCGAGGUCAUAUGCGAGAGGGGCUGACUGGGGGAGGAGGGGGUGGACCUUCCCCCUCAGCUCGCGCAUCGAUCCCCUGGGCGAGCGUGUCGGUCCGGGACAGAUUAGCGCCGGAAGGAGUCGGAGGUUGCUUCGGUCCACUUCCUCACCCCUUCCCCAACUUAGAUAAUGGGAGCAGGAGUACGUCAGUCCACACUGUGGGGAAUUCCAUGAAUGCUACUUCUGAAUUCUGUUUGUCUCGUUUAACUAUGUGCUGUCCUUUGUUUGUCAGUUUUAUUUUCUCCAACCCUAUCACUUGGUUUCCUCCGCACCCAGAGUUAUAUUGAUCUUGGUUUGACUGCGCUGGAGAGGCUGAGUGUCUGUACUCCCCCUCGCUGUUUUGUGCAUCUCUUUUUUACGAUGUCCAGGUUCAGAGGCUGUGGCUGCUGGAGUUUGGGAUUAGCUUCAGUCUAUGCUGAGAGUUGUCGUGUAGCUCACUGUCCCUCCAGCAGCUUUGUAAAUUUCUUGCACGGUGCGUUUAAAAAUUUGCAAAUAAAUACAUAAUAUAUUUAUUCAGUAUGGUGGGGGAAUUAGAUUACACGUGCGUUGGAAUAAAAUCUUUGCCUUGUGAA